AUGGACUGGGUGAAGCCUCUAACUAUUUUGGGUUUGGAAUUGCUGAAGUCACCUGAAGUACAAGGAUGCCUAAAGGAGGAGCUACACCACCUACUGUUCGAGUUAAACGCGCUCGAGUUUAAAGUUCCGCAACUAAAUGUUGAUGCUAGGAUUCUGAAGGAAGAAAUUAAGAGAUGCAGCAAGACCAGUAUAGUCCAAAAACUUGUGAAGGAGAUGUUGGAAGCUAAGGUGUUAUUCGAUGUAGUAGUGAUCACUGUAAACGUAACCAGAAAUCCUGACAUGAGGAAAAUUCAAGGACAAAUUGCUGACAUGCUGGGGAUGACACUACUGGAUGAUGAAAGUGACAUUAUGAUCAUUGGGCAAAUUUGGAUUCCAUUUGAAUAUGAUGGUCCAAACUUCAUCAAAGAUGGGAAAUACGAUAGCAAUUUCGAAUCUUGGAGAAUAACAGGAAAUCGUGUCACGGGGUGCAAAGUUAUGCUGAUUUCUAAAACCCAACAAGCGUUAUUAAGUCUGGAAGUCUUAACAGAUGAGGAAGCAGAAAUGUUGUUCAAGAAAAUUGCUACAAUAGGGGAUACAGAUCCUGAAUUUGAAAGAUUAGUUGCUCAAAUUGCCAGCAAGUGUAAAGGGUUGCCCAUGUCAGUAGUUAAAACUGCAAUGGCAUUAAAAAAUCAGACCCGCUCAGUUUGGGAAGGUGUGAACCAAAAGCUUGAAUGGCAAAAGUUCAUAGGAGGAGGGUGUGAGUUUUCUACAAAGUUGAGUUAUGAACUUUUAGAAAACAAGGAGCUUAAGUAUACUUUCUUACUGUGUGCUUACAUGGGUCAUGAUGCAUUAAUUAAAGACUUGGUGAAAUACUGCAUUGGUCUGGGUUUUCUUGAAGGAAUCUGCACUGUAAGGGAAGCUAGAGAUAAAGUAUCUGAGUUGGUUGAAAAGCUAAAAGAGUCUAAUUUGUUGUCUGACAGUUUUUCAAAUGAUCAUUUCACUAUGAAUGAUAUUGUUCGCAGUGCUGCUUUGUCAAUAGCAUCCGAGGAGGAGAAGCAUGUAUUUACAAUGACAAUGGGAAAGGUAGAUAAAUGGCCUAAUGAGGAUAAACUUGAAAGGUAUGUUGCUAUUUCCUUACAACAUUGUGAUAUCAUUGAAGGCUUUCCUAGUAUUAUAAAAUGCCCGAGAUUGAGAGUCUUCCAUGUUAAUAAUAGUGAUCCCCAUCUGAAAAUACCAGAAAACUUAUUUGAAGGAAUGAAAGAACUUACAGUGUUGAUAUUGACUGGCUUUCAUCUAUCACCCUUACCUUCAUCAAUCACUUGCCUAACACAACUCAGAAUGCUUUGCUUAGAGCAAUGCAUACUAGGUGAGGACUUAUCCAUCAUAGGCAAAUUGGAAAGGUUAAGAAUUCUUAGUCUUUCAGGAUCUGAUAUUAAAAAAUUGCCUGUUGAAUUGAUGAAGUUAACAAAACUACAAAUUUUUGACAUAAGUAAUUGCUCCAAACUUCAAUAUUUUCCAUCCAAUGUGAUAAACAAUUUGAUUAGUUUGGAAGAGUUGUAUACGAGAAACACCUUGAUUCAAUGGAACAUUGAAGGACAGACAAAUCAAAGUAAGAAUGCUAGUCUUUCUGAGUUGAGGCAUCUAAAUCAGUUGACAGCUUUAGACAUUCAAAUCCCAAAUGUUGCCCAUUUGUCGAACAACUUGUUCCUUGACAAGUUAAAUAGUUACAAGAUUGUCAUUGGAGAUUUGAAUGAAUAUUUAGAGACAGAUUUCAAGAUGCCAGAGAAGUAUGAAAGAUCAAGAUUUUUGGCAAUACAGCUAAAAGAAGGCUUCGACAUUCAUUCUCAAAUGGGUAUCCAAAUGUUGUGUGUCGGAGUUGAGAAUUUGUUGUUGGAGGAUAUCAGUGGUGUCCAAGAUAUUAUUUAUAGAUUGAAUUUGAAAGUAUCUCCAUUUCUGAAACAUUUGUCUAUUGUAAGUAAUUUUGACAUUCAAUCUCUCACCAACCCAAAAGACAGGCAACAUUAUGAGAUGGCUUUUCGUGAAUUGGAGUCAUUAUUUCUAUAUAAUCUCAAGAAGAUGGGUGAAGUAUGCUCAUGUAAACUUUCAGAAUCCUCAUUUGGUAAAUUGAAAGUCAUCAAGAUCAAUCUCUGCAAUAAAUUGAAGAAUGUAUUCUUACUUUCUGUGGCUAGACUUCUAACCGUACUUGAAACUAUUGAAGUUUCUGAAUGUGACUCUUUGAAGGAGAUUGUCCUUGUGGUAGAAGAACUCCGCUUGGAGCAUUUUGUGUUUCCUGAAUUACGUUCUUUGACGCUACAAUCUCUACCAAAAUGUAUUGGAUUUUCAUCAAUAGAAGGAAAGACCAAAGAAUUAUUCAACAAAGAGGGUAACAUCUUUCCAAGUUUGAAGAAUUUCAAAUUGAGUGGCAUGAGAAGUUUGACUGAGAUAUGGAAUGAUGAACUCCCUAAAGAUUCCUUUGGAAAACUCGAUACUCUAAUCCUUGAGCAGUGUGAUAAAUUAGAAGAAGUUUUUCCAUUUAAUGUGAAGAGAAAUAUAUUCCGGAGUCUAUGCAACUUGAGGGUUACUAAUUGCAGGUUAAUGAAGGAGAUAUUUAAUGGAGGUGCUCGAGAUGUAACCAACUUGCAAGAUGUUCAUUUAGAAACGCUCCCGAAAUUGAAGCAUAUAUGGGGAUGGAAAGAAGGCCAAAGAUUGAUAGAUAUCUCUGAAGAGUUGCGAAAGAUAUUUGUUCGUGAAUGUCACAGCUUAGACUAUAUAUUUCCAGUUUCUAAAGCCAAGAGACUUGACAAUCUUGAAUACCUUGCGGUAUGGAAAUGCUUUGAAUUGAGAGAAAUUGUUGCCGAGGUAAACAAAGAGUAUGCUCAACUUAAGUUUCCUAAACUAACCACCAUCGACUUGUGGAAACUACCAAAUCUCAAGAGUUUCUAUCCAGAAGAUCAUGACUUAAGUUGUCCUGUACUGAACGAACUGUGUGUUCGACUUUGUGACAAGCUAGAACCAUUCAGAAAAGAAACUACAGAUGCACAAAGCAAGGGAGUCCUCUUUCCUAAAGAAGAAGAAGAAGUACGGGUGAUCAAUCAGUUGAAGUUCAUAGAAAUUGAGUCGCAACAUGCAAAGUCGUCAAGCAGCUAUAUGGAGAAAGGGAACUAUCAAAAGAAAAACUUAGAAGAGCUUUUCCUGUGUAAAUUAAUGAAUACUGAGGUUCUGUAUUCUUUUCUUCACUGCAAUCCUAAUCUCAAAGACCUAGUAUUGAGUGAUUGCUACUUUAAGGAGAUAGUGCCAAUCAAAAGGCCUCCUGAAAUUCAAAACAACUUCGGGGUUGUUUUAAAGCUAGAAACAUUGAACUUAACUGACUUACCCAGGCUUGUGGAGAUAGGCUUUGAGCGGGAUAUAGUUCUUCAAAGGAUAGAGUCCUUGAUUUUAGAAAGUUGUCCUUCUUUGGUCACUAUGGGGCCUUCCUCGGUAUCUCUCACUCACUUGACAAUUCUGGAGGUGGUUGAUUGUAAUGGAUUAAAGUAUUUAAUGGAACCAUCGACUGCAAAAAGCUUGAUUCAACUCACCACCUUGAAGGUAAUGAAAUGUAAAUCCCUGAAGGAAAUUGUAUUAGAGCAAGGAAAUGAAGAAGAAAAUGCAGGCCAAGUUGACAUUGUUUUCAGACAAUUGAAAGCUCUAGAACUUGUGUCACUCAAGAGCCUUGAAAGUUUUUCCAGCUCCAAUAGCUGCAUCUUUGAGUUUCCGGCAUUGGAGAAGGUAGUAGUGAGUGCAUGCCCCAAAAUGGAAAAUUUCUCUGAAGAAGCCAAUUGCACGCCAAGUUUACAAAAAAUAUAUGUUGUACAUGAACAAGAGAAGAAAUGGUACUGGCAUUGUAAUUUAAAAGAUACCAUUCAAUCAAUGGUCAAAGAAAUGAGGUUUUUGGAAGGGAUGGACGAGAUUAAUCUUUCAGAACAUCUUGAGCUACAACAAGCCUGGCAUGAUGGAGUUGGUCUGCAAAACAAUUGGUUUUACAGUUUGAAAACUUUGAAGCUGAUCAACUGUGAAAUUCAGUCAUAUGCAAUUCCAUCUCAUCUUCCUUACGUAAAAAGCUUAAGAGAAUUGGAAGUGCGGAAAUGUCACAAAGUGAAGGCAAUCUUUGAUAUGAAUAACUCUGAGAAUAUGCCAACAGCAACCCAAUUGAAGAUAUUGAAUUUACAAGAGCUCUCAGAGCUGACACAUGUUUGGCAAAACUAUGGUCAAGGAAUCCUCAGAUUUCCAAAUCUGCAACAAGUCUUUGUUAGUCAGUGUGGCAAUCUGAAAACUCUGUUUUCCAAGAAACUUGAAACACAAUCUUGUCGUGAUUUGCAAGAAAUUGUUGAAGAUGAAGAAGAAGUAUCAGAAAACAAGUUUGUGUUCCCUCAAUUAACCUCGCUGGAUCUUCUUGAUUUGCCAGAGCUCACUCACUUUUACCCUGAAACAUACACUCUGGAAUGCCCGGCUUUAAAUAAUUUAUCUUUGACAGGUUGUCGUAAGUUGGAGCUAUUUCAAAGUUCCCAGAAUCUGCAUGCUAUUUCCAACUUGGAGAAACAGAAGUUGGAUUGGGAACACACUUUGGUGUUAAGGUUAGGAAAUGUGUUGAUCUCUGAUGGCUAUGGAAAUGAGAAGUCUAUUUUUCCCUUUGAAGUACUUAAGAAGGCACCAAAUUUAGAAACAAUGAUUAUAAGCAAUUGCAGUGGCCCCAAGAUAUUCCGCACUCAAAACCCUGAAAUUGGUGAAGACUGGAUGCUAGAACAUUUGAAAAUAUUGUCACUGGACACAAUAGAUGAGAUUAAGUCCAUCGAGUUAGAUGACUCAUCAUGGUUGAACAAACUCUGUGAGCAGCUUCACCAAUUAAAUGUUUUCAAAUGUCCUGGUUUGAUAACAUUAGUAGAUUCUGCAGUAUCUUUCUCCUCUAUAAAAAAACUGAAUGUUGUGGGAUGUUCUGCAUUGAAGUAUUUGUUCCCAUACUCAGCAGCAAAAGAGUUCAGGUACCUUGAGGAGAUCACAGUCAAGGAAUGUGAAUCACUGAUAGAAAUAGUGGGAAAAGUGUCAGAGGGAGACGAAGAGGAGGAAGAAGACCAUGAACCCCAACAGUUUGAACAGGAACAACCAACUCCGGAUCAACCAUCUCAUCAACAACAGCAACAGCAACAAGAACAGGAAGCACCGGAGCAACAAGAAGAAGAAGCACCCGAAGAAAAUCAAGCAGGUGCUUCAGAAGAAAACCACCCAGAAAUCCAACAAGAAGGAGGAGAAAAGCAAAGACUAGAGGAAGAGGAGAAGAAAAAGAAAGAAGAGGAAGAGAAGGAACAGGCACGCCUUGAUGCAGAAAGGAUUAGAAAAGGAAAACUUCCAAAGGACCCCAACGAAAAAGAACAGCAAGAGAGGCCAACACAUCCACCAUCCCAAGAAGAGAUCAAAUUUGAGUGGCUGGAGAGGAUAGUUCUACAUGAUUUACCAAGCCUUGAAUGUUUUUAUUCAGGCAAUAGCACUUUGCAAUUACCCUCUCUGCUACAAAUCAACAUAUGGCAGUGUCCCAAGAUGAAAAUUUUCUCUCCAGAGGAAUUGACACAUUCUGAAUACUUUAGAGGAAUUCAAGUUUCGUCUGACUCAAGUGACGAAUUGGUCUUCCAUGAUGAUCUUAAUGGCUCAGUAAAAAGGGUGUUUCUACAACAGGGAGGAGGGCUGCCUGAGUUAAUAUAAUCACAGGUUCCCAUGAUUUGUAUGUAAGUACAUAUAUAAUUAGCUAUUCUCAUAUACAUGCAAUAUAUGUUAAUUAACUAACUUGGUCUCAGCC